AUGCUACAAAUACCAGUUACAAGAGAUGCAUUACAGAUUGGGCGAGAAAAAGAAGAGCAGAUAGAAGCAAGAACGUGUGGAUCACUUUCAAUUGACGAAGUGAUCCGGGUAGUUGAUAAUGCAAUCAGGAUUGGGCUUGAAGCAGAGCCAUUACCGUGGCCGGCGGGCCAUUAUGUGCAGAAUAUUCUUAAUUCGUUGUCUGAUUACAUGAAUUCUCCAUUGCAAAAGGUUCCGACCCAGCCGCCGGCGUAUGCACCGCCAUCGCCGCCAUUAUCAGCACAACAUUCUGCAUCAACGUCUAUUUCAAGUGUUCCGUCGGAAAAUCCAUCGUUUGGGUCAUCAUCAUCAAUGACACUACCAGAUGUAGUUAAUCAUUGGUUAACGAGUGAAAAAGCAUAUGUAAUUGAGCUUUCAGUUUUUCAAGAAUUGCUUUUACGAGGGGCACUGGUAACUCAAAUGAGCGAAUCAUCACUCGAGACGAUUUCUCGAUGUAUCAGUAUUUUUAUUACAGCUAGCAGUUCUAUUAUUAAUACAUUUGAAAUGCACAUACCAUCCCAUCUGCUUCAUAAGACACUAAUGAACACGGUUCCAAUAUUUGUAAGACGCUUUGAAGGAACCGAUACUAUAUUAACUUCUUUUGACUCCUAUAUAUCGGUAUAUACAUUAUCGCUUGAUGAUCAGCAUUUGAGUCCAGAAAAUCAUAAAUGGCUGAAAGUUGCUCUAUACAAUUGUGGAGUUUUUCAAUCAACAAGUACUAAAAAAAGCCAAUGGUUAUUAAGCAGUCCUUUACACCAAAUUAAAGUAUAUACACGUAUCUUCCGUAAAUUUCUCCGUAUUUUGGCAGGUAACGACGAUAAACUAAGCGAAUAUUUCUCCUAUGCACAUCAGUGUUUCCAUUUAUUACUUUCUAAAGCACGUGGACAUAUUAAAAUGAUCCGGGAGGAAAUGGGACAAAUAUCUUCCAAUUCUGGUAAUAUAGAAAUGUUACAUGGAUUGACAGAUAGCAUUCGUGAUAUUGAAAAAAAUGUCAAUUGUAGUAGAAUGAGGGAUUUAUUUACAUUCCAGCCAAAGGAAUAUGUUAUGGAUCUGCAACCUUAUCAACUUCCGUUUAUCCGUUCAGUAAUUGCUCGAUCAAAUUUCUUUUUUAAAAUGGUUCAUAGUAUUACAGGAGAAAGCAUCCAAAAACAAAUUGAAUUAGUUCUUCUUACUGAUGUUAUUUUAUUUUUGGAUAUAGAAACACCUGGAACCAAAUUUCUUAUGUUUCAGCCUUUCUUAACUAGGAUAUUUAAAGUCAUUGAUACUGAUAAAGAACAAACUUUUGUGCUUUCUUUCUAUGAGAGGGAGCAUAUAUAUUUAACUGCUGCCACUAGAAAAACAAAAAAAUUAUGGUUUAAUAUGCUUUCAUCUAGUCAUGCUGUUCAAAGUGUCAAUUAUUCUGCAUUUAAGCUUUCAGUAAAUAAUCCAAUUGUUCCAAAAAAUGCACGUAAUUCUACUGUUCUUGACGAAAUGCAGAACCGUCUGUCAUCUGAAUCAACAUCAUUUAGAAAAAUUCAUUUGCAACCACGACUAAAACAUCAGAGUCCCCAGGAUAAAUCACAUACUAAACUCCCUAAAGUUUUAGAAAAUAACGCAUCUGCUAUUAAAGUUAUGGAACAAGAAAAUAACAAUCCAAAUGGUAAAAAUAAUCAAUCAAUGCAUAUAAACCAAUCACAUCUAUCUACUUCUCAUAUCCUUACGGCUUAUCAAAAUAAACCUGAGCCAAUUUUCUCUAAGUCAACAGAAUAUAUACAAAAAACAACCCCUAAGCUAGUUUUUAAUCAGCCAGGCUUAAAUAUACAUUCCUUUCCUCAGCCUCCAGAUCGUACAUCAAGUGGUUUAUUUCCUUUAUAUGAUAAAAAUAACAGAUCAAGCAAUUAUUCAUAUGUAAUGCCUAGGAUGUCUAAAAUAAGACUUGAAACAUUACCAGAAGAAAACGAGUCUUUUAUUGAUGGUUCCAAAUCACCAAAUAUUGAUAAUAGUAAUUAUAAACAAAUAAACUCUUCAAAGAAUACUCCACCUUCUAAAACGUUAGAUGCUAAUUCUACUUCAGAAAAUGCCUCAUCCCACUCUGUUAAUAAAGAUAGUUCAGGCCUAUCAUCUAAGUUUUAUGAUCUCAACGUUGAUUUAGAAGAAAACGAGUCUCAAGAAUUCUCGUCAUCUCAAAAUUCUAUGACCCAAUCUUCAAUUUCAGAUUCUAACACUUCUGUUUUUUCUAAGUCAGCUUCUCAAGAUUCAGAUAAAGAUAAAAGCGAAUCUGAUACAACAGAAUUCAUAGAAGAUCAAACACUAUUAUCGGAUAAAAGUAUAAGUAUAUCUCGGGCUUUAACACCGAAACUUCCAAUGCCUGAUUUAGGAAGGACGUCAUUAAUCUCUAUGAUUUUUAACGAUUCAAUCCUAGGGCUGUCAUAUUCAAAUCCCAAUAUUGCAAAAACAUCCGAAGGUUUACCCGAUAAAAAUAAUCCAGGUCAUACUGAAAUCUUAUUUCGAAACAGUAAACUAAUUGAUCAAUUGCCCCCGUCCUUUUCAUCUGACAACAGUGAAAUAUUGUUUUGUGAAAAAGCUGUUACAUUUUUUUGGAAUUUUACAUUCUGGAGAAGUGUUUUUGAUCCUGAAGAAAAAGUAUUCCUUAUAAUCAAAUAUACAUGCAAAACGGAUAUGUUUACACUGGAAAUUUGUAAUCUAUCUUCUCAAGAAGUUGUUGUUUGUGGUGAAUUACAAAGAUAUUCUACAAUAGUAAGACAAGCUAAACAAGAAAUAAGCAUAGCAUGUUUCAUACAAGACAGAGUUUCAUAUAUUUUAUCACAAUUUGAGAAUGAUAGUGAUGCGGAUCUAUUUUAUAUUAUUUUAUAUAGAGUAAUUAACCGUGACAAUCCUUGGAUAUUACAUGUUUUUCAAAACCCUACACCUACAAAUCAUGAAUACAAUGGCAUAAAUUAUCCGUUAAAUUCAACACCAAACCCAGCGUCAACACCAACAGAGUCUCCAAAAAUACUUGACAAAAAAACUGGGUCAAUACUGGGAAAAUCUAAGGUAAGAGUAUUUUUUCAAAUAGAUGUAGAACAAUGGACAUAUCUCGGGUCCGGCAUUCUUUGGGUUACAUCAUUAGAUACUGAUUCAAAGAAACAUAUUUUGAUUGCUAAAAAAGAAAGACAAAACCAAUCAUCAACAAUUUUAAAUGCAGUUGUUUUUAAAUCAGACAGUCAGCGUUCAGGAAAAACCGGCAUUAUUCUAAAAUGUUUUGAAGAGUUGACCAAUAAGACAGCGGUGUCAAAAAUCAAAAACGGGCCAUCUGUAUUGUUAAUAUCUUAA